AUGAACUCUCUCGGAGGCGCCGCGCGUGCAGCAUCCUCGAGCUUGCGGACGUCAAGGCUUGCGCAGCAUACUGAUAUCGCAUCUCUCAUCAAACACAGACCGCAGAUAUUGUCACCGAAGCAAUGCGGUAUAAUCGGCAACUAUAAAUCACGUCGCUGGACCCAAUCGAUUGCAGUCCGCGAUCAGCAAACAGACUCGUCGAAUCCUGCCAUGUCAUUUCCUUGUCUUGAUGCCCAAGAAGCUAAAUCUGCGUCAUUAUCAGCACGGUCGCUGAGUUCCGGCCCGGAACCCUCAUACACUACCGGGAAUCACGAGAACUUUCACUGUAAAAAGCCCCUCUUGCUUGAUUGGGGCGGUGUGCUUCCUGAAUUUGACAUUGCUUAUGAGACUUGGGGCACCCUAAAUGCCGAUAAGAGCAAUGCAAUUCUUCUUCAUACCGGUCUCUCUGCGUCGAGUCAUGCUCACAGUACACCUUCCAACCCAAAGAAUGGCUGGUGGGAAAGGUUUAUUGGCCCCGGAGGUCCGUUAGAUACGAACAAAUUCUAUGUUAUCUGCACAAACGUGAUCGGUGGCUGCUACGGGAGCACAGGUCCUUCAUCCACCGACCCGUCAGAUUCCAAACGAUACGCAACGCGAUUUCCUAUCUUGACAAUCGAGGACAUGGUACGGGCACAGUUUAGACUGCUGGACUCACUGGGAAUCGAAAAGCUGCACGCGUCAGUUGGUUCCAGUAUGGGAGGAAUGCAGAGUUUGGCGGCGGGCAUACUCUUCCCAGGGAGAAUUGGAAAGAUAGUCAGCAUCAGUGGAUGCGCACGCAGCCAUCCAUACAGUAUUGCCAUGCGUCAUACCCAGCGGCAAGUUCUCAUGAUGGAUCCCAACUGGCAACGAGGCUUCUACUACGAUUCGAUUCCUCCUCACUCGGGGAUGAAACUGGCCCGAGAGAUUGCUACUGUCACCUACCGAAGUGGGCCUGAAUGGGAGAAGCGAUUUGGGAGGAAACGCGCUGAUCCCAGCAAACAGCCAGCUCUUUGCCCAGACUUCCUGAUUGAGACCUAUCUAGAUCAUGCAGGGGAGAAAUUUUGUCUUGAAUAUGAUGCAAACAGCUUGCUAUACGUCUCAAAGGCCAUGGAUCUUUUUGAUCUUGGUCGCUCCAACCAAGAAAUGACUCGAGAAAGAAGAGAAAGCAGUAAAAAUAGCAUUGCCAGCGGGAAUAUCGAGCGAAAUGAUGCGUCCUGCAGCUUAACCCUGCCAGAGAAACCAUAUGAAGAGCAACCCUCUGCGGUCGCAUCUGUGACACCAAUGAAUGAGCGAGCAACCGGUGACUUGACGGUAGGACCGCCGCAAGAUCUUGUUCUAGGCAUGUCUCCAUUAAAAGACCACCCCGUCCUUGUGAUGGGCGUUGCGAGUGACAUUCUCUUCCCAGCGUGGCAGCAGCGAGAGAUUGCAGAAACCUUGCGGGCGGCUGGAAAUCAGAAAGUUGAGCAUGUGGAACUUGGCGAAGACAUCUCACUUUUUGGGCACGAUACGUUUUUGCUAGAUCUCAACAAUAUCGGAGGGAGAGUUGGCAAGUUUCUGGGUUGA